CUCCUGCUUUCUAAACUUAUAAAAGCCGGAGAGAGCCCUGCCUCCUCUUCAAACGCUUCUGCUGCUGCUUCCUUUUCCUCUUCCGCUUCCUUCACCUUCUGGGGUUCUCUCACUCAAAAGCUCGCCUCGUUUUCAUCGUUCCCUAGCAACCAAGUUCUCUUCAACAAAUCUUGUGGGCUUAACCUGUUGAAGUCAGUAGACAUGGAUCGCCAAGACCACCACAGUUCAUCAUUUGAACAGAGUUACCGCUGCUACCCUGUCUCUUUCAUUGAUAAGGCACAUCUGGAAAAGGGGGAUAAAAUUAUUAUGCCUCCCUCAGCUCUUGAUCGCCUUGCAACCUUGCACAUUGACUAUCCAAUGCUUUUUGAACUCCAUAAUCCUUCUGCUGGACGUACUUCUCAUUGUGGGGUUCUAGAAUUUAUUGCAGAUGAGGGCAUGAUAUACUUGCCCUACUGGAUGAUGGAGAACAUGCUGCUACAAGAGGGGGACAUUGUGCAAUUGAGAAAUACCAGCCUGGCAAAGGGAACUUUUGUGAAGCUGCAGCCCCACACCAAGGACUUCUUAGACAUCUCCAAUCCCAAAGCAAUCUUGGAAACUUCAUUGAGGAACUACUCUUGUUUAACCACUGGUGAUACAAUAAUGGUUGCCUAUAACAACAAGAAGUACUACAUUGAUAUAGUUGAAGCAAAACCCUCUUCUGCAAUUAGUAUUAUUGAAACGGACUGUGAAGUGGAUUUUGCUCCACCUCUUGAUUAUAAAGAACCUGAAAAACCAAAAUCAAUUCCUCGAUCAAACAAGACACCUCCAGAAGGUAUGGAAGAGCCAGCCGCAAAGAUGCCAAGGUUCAGUGCAUUUACUGGUUCAGCAAGGCGCUUGGAUGGCAAACCCGCGACACAACCAACUGCAUCCACUAUCUGCCCUGUGUUGAAACAUCACCAACCAGAAGCUGAGAAAAAUGGCUCCAAGUUAUUAAGCUCCUUAUCACAUCAGCAGUCUGGAAAGCUUGUGUUUGGUUCUACGUCAAACCAAUCCCAAAAUGAAACACCAAAGGUUCCCUUAAAGAAAAGCACUCAGGAGCCUCCCCAGAAGGUGGAAGAUCCGAAGUUUCAAGCUUUCACGGGGAAGAAGUAUUCCCUAAAAGGCUGAAUCUCAACUCCAUUGGUGUCCAUCCUUUUCUAGCAUACACAGGAUGAGAUCGACUGAUUCUGGUUAUUUAAUAGAAUGUUUUUGCUACUGUAUAAUUUAUAUCUUUUGAACCCAAAAUCGGGUACACGUCACCGGUCCAAACCUCAGAAGAACACCCAGUCAGCUUCUGUUUGGCAUAUGGGGUCUUCUAUGGAUCCUUAUGUUUAGCAUAUAAUUUAUCAAGAUAAAACUCAUCAGGCUGUCA